AAACUUUCUUUCCCCCAUUGGCAAUAAGUGAUAAAAUGAGCGAAUAAAUUUAGAAGCCCAGUAUAUUGUGAGUUCAUCCAUAAGUUGUGUAUUCUCAUAACAAAUGCAGGUAUCUAGCGAUAAAUACUUGGAGAAAAUCAAACGAUGCAGAUGAUCAAAGAUUACAGAAGGAUCACAUGGUGUAGAAACAAUAUUAUUUUUAGCAAAGCUGGAAUUCUAAACUUUUUGCAGAUUAUGCAUAUGCACGUUUGCGGCGGUGCUGGAUUCGCCCGUUUGGAGAUCUGCAACACACCACGACCCUCCAGUCCCCAGCCACAAGACUAGUGAUAUAAACCGGUUUCCGAGGCACGAUGAGUGGGGCAUUGACCAUAGGUACGGGCGUACGGCAUUACUCUCGAGAACCAUUAAGGCUCAGUUAAUUAGUCCGCGAUUGACCGCACAGUGUAUGCAGAUGGAGAUUGCUAUUCUUUCUCGUGUGCAACAUCUCUUGUGUACAUAGACCUACCCGGAAAACAAGACUCCCACUGUUUGGCAGCCGUGUGGUGCCGAUCGCUGGAGACCAUGGGAGCUUACCAGCCACCGCACCAGUGCAGCCAGAAGCCGUUGCCGUCGCCGUCGCCGUCUCACGGCAGCGUCAGCCCUGGACCCAGAGCCGUCUUCGCCUGGCUAGCGCUCCUCUCCGCCGUGCUCUGCCUGGCUAUCCUCCACCUCCUUCGCGGCUCCCAACUCGGAAGGGCCGUGGUCUCGCCUCUGUUCCAGUACAUCACCAGCAGCACAUAUAAUCACGGAGUGUCGGCGUACAGCUGCGACUACUCGGAGGGGCAGUGGGUGUGGUCGCCGGGGCACGCCCGGCGGUACAACGGCACCGAGUGCAACGUCAAGGACAGCGAGAACUGCGUGCGCAACGGGCGUCCCGACAGUGGUUACCUCGACUGGCGGUGGCAGCCCUCAGCUGCCGCCGGGUGCCAGCUCCCGGACUUCGACGCCGCAGCGUUCCUCGCCGCCGUCCGCGGCAAGCACGUCGCCUUCGUCGGCGACUCGAUGGCGCGGAACCAGGCCGAGUCCCUCGUCUGCCUCCUCGCCGCGUCGUUCCCGUACAGCAUGGUGUACCGCGACCAGGACCCCGGGACCCGCUUGUUCUGGCGCUGGGCGUUCCCGUCGCACAACGUGACAGUGUCCUCCUACUGGGCGCCGUUCCUGGCGCGGGCCACGGGCAGGUCGGAGAACUACAGCAUGACCUACAGCACAGUGUACCUCAACGAGCUCGCCGAUCGGUGGUCGGCCGACGCCGAGAGCAUGGACGUGGCGGUGGUCAGCACCGGCCACUGGUUCUGGAGGCCCAACAUCUACUACAACGGCAGCGAGGUGCUCGGGACGCACCUCCUCUCUGGCCUCAACCACACCGAGAUUGGCUUCUUGUCGCCGUACCGGGAGGCCAUCCGGACGUCCGUAAAGCGCCUUGCCGGCUCCGGUAGCCGGACCGGUCGCGUCGUGGUGGUGUCGACCUUCUCGCCGUCGCACUUCGAGAAAGCUUGGGACGAUCCCACGACGUGCGCGAGGAAGACGCCGUACAUGGAAGGGGAGACGGAGGUGGGCGUCAUUCCGGCGGAGCUUCGAAGCAUCGUGAGAGAGGAGACGGCCGCGGCGGCGACGAGGAACGGUGGGGCAACGAGGAUUGAGGUGCUAGACGUGACCAAGCUGGCGACGAUGCGCCCGGAUGGGCACCCCGGCGUCUACAUGCACCGCGACCCGUUCGCGCGCGGCGUGCCGGAGCGAUUGCAGAGCGACUGUCUCCACUUCUGCCUUCCCGGACCGGUGGACACGUUCAAUGAGAUUUUGCUUCAGCUUCUGAACAAGCGUCGGUUAGGCAAGUGAGUGUGAGUAUAUGGCAGGAGUAUGUGAGUAUUGUUGGUGUGUUUU